GAUCAUGAUUUUGCUGUCAAAUUUCAGGCAAUUUCAAUGUCAAAUUACUGUCAAUUUCAAGUUAAAGUAGCUAUGAGGGAUAGUACACUCCAUGAUUAAUAUUAACCUAUACUUAUUGUCAUCAUGACGACGAGAAUAAUGAGAAAGAACGAUCUAUUGAAGCCGCUAUAUAUCGCAUCAAUGAGAUGUUUUCCUAAAUUUUGUAGCCUGUAUACGCCAAAUUAUUUAGAGGCAAUGAAGCCUAAAAUCCCAUUAUAUCCAACGGUAAGCAUCCAAAUAAAAGGUUAUAAUUAUCCUGCAUUAGAAAAUUAUCAACGAUUAAUUCAUAAGUACGCAGAAAAUGUCGAUGUUGAUGUAGAAAAUAGUUAUGCGUUGCCUUCUAAAUCACUAAAAAUCCAACGCUUUAAGCAUCUCAAUCCGAGUUCUAAAAUCGAAUACAAGUUGGAAAUAUAUCAAAGAAAUAUUUUAAUUAGUAAUUUGUCUUCAAUUAAAUUUCCUAUAUUGUUAAGAUUAUUAGAAUCAACACUUCCAGAAGGAGUAGAGUUGAAAGUUGAACAAUGGAAUCCAGAGAUUGAAGAAUUACGAUUUGUUCCUGAUAAACAAUUAAUAGAUUUAAAAACAGAGUUGGAAAGUAUGCGUAAAAAGUGAGCUAAUUUAAAUUUCAGUUUCGGACAAAAAUUUUAACUCAAUAAUUCAAUGUCCAUUGAAAACACUUUGAGUAUUGAAGACUCGAGUCUACUAGUCUGUAAUAAAUUCUUAAAUAUAGAAAAUUUUUAUAGACCA